AGUUAUUUGUGUGCGUUUUUGCGUUGCAUGCGAAAACGCACAAGAAAUGAAAGCCACGUUUUUCACAUAAUUACAAAUUAGCAAAGUGAAAAACAACAAGAACAACAACAACAGCAGCAGCAAUAGCAACAACGACAACAAUUGCAGCAUUCAUAACUGAAAGUACUUGAACUAUUUUGUUUCUUAUUUUUAUUUGCCGUCUGCUGCCUGCUGCAUAAGCAAACAGGCAGCGUAAGCUGUCACCGACAUGGGCAGUGAGCACUACUGCUUGAGGUGGAACAAUCAUCAAUCCAACCUGUUAGGGGUGUUUAGUCAAUUAUUACAGGACGGGAAUCUGGUGGACGUUACUUUAGCUUGUUCAGAGGGCACACCCAUCAGAGCCCAUAAGGUGGUCCUCUCGGCCUGUUCCUCAUAUUUCCAGAGCCUCUUUCUGGAGCACCCCGAAAGACACCCAAUUGUGAUAUUGAAGGACGUCCGUUUUGCCGAGCUGCAAACUUUAGUUGAAUUCAUGUACAAGGGCGAGGUGAACGUGCAAUAUUGUCAGUUGUCAGCGCUGCUGAAAACAGCCGAAUCACUCAAGGUCAAGGGUCUGGCCGAAAUGACGAAUCAGAAUACAACAUUACGGGAACCGGAACGUGAACCGGAUCGCCUGCGACCGCAUUCACAGCCCAGUGGCAAAUCCGCGACCACAUCGGCGGCCUCCUCAUGCGACAACAGUCCGGCAGUGGAUGCGGCAGCGGCGGCUCUGGCCAGCACAUCGGCCACAACGGCGUCAGGGACGGCAACAGCACCAGCAACAACAAUUGCCACAUCAGCAGCAGCGGCAGCAGCAUCAGCGGCGGCCGCAGCGGCGCUGGCGGCGGCAGAAAGCGCCAUGUCCACAGUCAAUAGUAGUGCGGGCAGUGGAGGCGGUGGCGGAGCGGCAACAACAACAACAGCACCACAAGCAGCAGCGCCAGCAAAAGCAACAACAGCAGCAGCUGCAGAUGCAACGGGAACAGCCACCUGUGCAUCAGCAGACGCAGCAGCCGCAGCAGCAGCAGCAACAACAACGGGCCCAACAAUGUCGCUGAAACGAGAGGCGAGCGAGCGCUGCAGUGCGACGCCACCAAAGCGAUUGCUGGCAAAUGCAACAGCAACAACAACAACUGCAACAGCCACAAUAGGAUCGGCGUCGCCCGCAGGCGCGCCUGCAACUGCAACAGCGACAGCGGCAACUGAUCGUGAUGAUCGCGACGAUGAAGAUGAUAAUGAGGAUGUGGAUGAGAACACACCAAUGGCCCUCGAUCUCUAUUGCAGACGACAACGCGCUGCCUCUGUCGAGGGCACAACAACGCUCAGCAACAACAAUAACAAUAGCAGGAGCAGUAACAACAACAACAACAAUAGCAACAAUAAUAAUAACAACAACAACAGCAGCAGCAGCAGCAGCAACAACCAAAUUAAGCAAGAGAGCGACAGAGCGAGCAGCGGGAGCAGCAGCAACAAGAAUGGCGGCGAAGCCGCUGGAGCCACUGGAGCCGCUGGAGACGAGCCACCGCACGCACAAGUAGUAGCAGCAGCAGCAGCAGCUGGAGCAGUAACAAUAGCCGCAGCCCAUCAUGUCCAUCACAUUAUCGAUUAUGGCGACGAUGAUGAUGAUGAUGAUGAUGUCGAAAAUGUCCGCCACGAAGAUGAUGACGAUGAUGAUGAGGAUGAUGAGCGUGUGGCUGCAGCGACCGUCGCCCAUGACAUUGCCGAGCGCAUGGCACGUCACACUCACACUCACAGUCACGGCCACAGUCACGGCCACAGUCACGGUCACAGUCACAGUCACGGUCACAGUCGCAUGCCACAACAUUUGCGUUCAAUCGAUGUCGAUGACGAUGAAGAGGACGACGACGAUCUGAAUGAUGAGCACGGCAUUGUGACCAAGCGGGAAGUGCUCGACGAUGACUACGACGAUGAAAUGGAUUUGGACGAUGACGAUGAGGCUGACAACAGCUCCAAUGACAUGGGCAUCAAUAUGAAGAUGAGCAGCAGCAGCAUUGGUGCUGCCGGCAGUAGCGGUGGCGGCGGCGGCGGUGUGGAUCUCUCGACGGGCUCAACCGUCAUACCAUCGCCGCUGAUUACGCAACCAGGCUCAUCAUCAGCGGCAGCCGAAUCGGCACGCUCUACGCCCGCAGCCUUAGGCGCUUCGGGCGCCUCGGACCUCACACAACCACGACCCGCCUCGCGCAGCUCUCGCGAUGGUGCGCCAGGUAGCAGCGGCCUAGGCUGUGGCGUUGCAGACGCUCGUCCAUCCUCAUCGACGGUCACGCUGCCCGGCGUUAAUGUCGGCGAUCUGAGUCCUAGCUCGGUGGCCGGCCUCUUGCCAGUGCAAUCGGUGCCAUUGAGCCUCAAGAAAGAGAUCGAUUGCAGUGAAGACGAUAACAGCAGUCACAGCAGACACAUGCAACCGCGUUCGGCAUCAGCUGGCGGCGGCCUGGGCGGCGAUCUUGACUACCGCGCCUCGCACGAGUCGGAAACGUCCGAAUCGCCCCAACAACAUGCUGUUGGCGUUGGCGCUGGCGCUGGCUUGGGCGGCGGCAGUAGCAGCAGCAGUGCCGCCGCCGCCGCAGCCGCAGCCGCCGCUGCUGGCGGGCAUGAGCAACAGCCACACACCCCGCCACCACCGCCACUGCAUAUGUGCAUAUAUUGCGGCAUCACCUUUCCGAACCAAAAGAAACUCACGCGUCACGUGCUCUCGCACUCACUGAAAACGCUGGAGUUUCGCGAGCCGACCUCGCACGCGACCAACCUCCUGCACUCGCACAUGCUGACCGCCCAUGAUAUCGGCAUGGGGGCGUUGGCCACCUUCCAAAUGAAUGCCGCCAUGGCGGCGACCGCCAGUGGCUGUGAUACACAAGAGCAGGUGGCCGCAGUUGCCGCCGCCUUUGGCCUCGAAAUGGAUAUUGCGGCAUUGGCCACAGCUGGGUGCAACUUUCAGAGUCUAACCGCCGCCUGUCUGGAUGGUGGCGCGAGUGCGAUGGCUGGCGGUGGUGCUGGUGGUCGCCUCGCCACCGCCACUUCUUCGGGAAAUGGCGGCAUUGGUGGCCCUUCGAGUCUGCUGCUUGGUGGCGGUGGUCCACCAGUUGGUGGUGGCGGCGGCGGCGGCAGCAGUGGUGGUGGCGGCGGUGGCGGCGCUGGUGGUGGCUCCUCGUCACCCUCAACGUCCGCCGCAGCAUCGUCGGCAGCGGUGCCCUCCGGCUCGUCCGCCUCCUCGUCGUCGUUGCUCGGCGCGUCAAGUGAUCCGAAUAGUGUUGUCAUGUGUAAGUUCUGUGCUAAAAGUUUUCCCGAUGUUACAUCACUGAUCACGCAUUUGUCGGUACAUACAGGUGAUCGACCAUUUAAAUGUGAGUUUUGUGGCAAAGCGUUUAAGUUGCGCCACCACAUGAAAGAUCAUUGUCGCGUCCAUACGGGCGAACGACCCUUCAGAUGUCACAUGUGCGGCAAAACUUUCUCGCGCUCGACAAUUCUCAAGGCGCACGAGAAAACACAUUUCCCCAAAUAUGUGCGAAAGUUUUUGUCACCCAGCCCGGUUGAUACAAAGGACGAGCUACCGCAAUAGUGAAACGAUUUUAGUUUGUUAUUAAAUUAUUAUUAUUACUACUAUUACUACUACAAUAAUAAUAACAAUAAUAAUAACAACAACAACAACAACAACAACACCCACAACCACAACAACAACAACAACAUCAGCGUUGCCAAUUAUGCACAUAAUUUCCACAAUGUGCAUCAAAAUGAUUAUCAACUAUAAUUGAUGAGCAACAGCGACAACAACAGCAACAACAACAACAACAACAACAACAGCAACAACAACAGCAGCAGCAACAACAACAGCAGCAGCAGCAGCGACAGCGAUAGCGCAAAGCGAACUACAACAAUAACAACAAAUAAGAAUAAGAAGAAGAGGAAGAAGAAGAUGAAGAAGAAUUUUGACUUACUUAUAAGCGCAUGGCUUACCAAAACUUAUGAACACACAGAAACACAGACACAAAAACACAAACUACACACAACUUCAAAGUAAUGCUACAUAUAUAUAUAUAUACCGUUAAUACAUACAUAUAUGUAUAUACAUAUGUACAUAUUUUAUUACCUAAAUAACGAGGCAAACAUAUAAAUGCAAGAAUUAUUAAUUUUUUUUUUUUAAAUGAAUUUAGUGUAGGUCUGUCGUCGCAUGCGUAGAAAAGAGACAACUACACAUCUACACACAUGCACACCCACACACACACACACACACAGACAAACAAAAUAUAUAAAGAAGAAGCAGAAUUGUUAGAUUUUUACCAAGAAGCGAAUUUUUCAAUACCCACACAAUUAUUUGCCUCUUCUGUCUAUACAUUAAUAAUUAUAUACAAACAAAGAAACAAAAAAAAAAGAGAGAAAAAAGAGAAUAUUUUUAAUUUUAAUUUAGAAACAGGCUAAAAAGAAGAAUGAAAAACAAAAAGAGAAACAGAAACAGAAAAACAACCAAGCAACAAGUUUUAAGCGUCUAUAAUCUUUGUGAGAGCUGAUAGGAAAGAUCGAGCAAGUUAAAGAGUAUGUAUAUUAGCGUGAAGAUUUUUUUUUCUAUACCAUACUUAGUGAACAGUGCAGCGUGAGAGU